AGCUGCCAACCAUUACGGAUUUUCCGUAAUUAUUACGGAUUUUAACCCCGAAUUACGGAAUUACGGAACAUCGCUAGUUUAUUACGGAAACGAGGCUUUGUGCUGCAUGGUAACGGAAAAAUUUACGUUUCUGCUGUGCGUGUUUCGUGAACGCUGUUUGAAUACUUCGCUUGGUUGCUCAAAUAACGGAACUAGUAAGUGUGCGCAUGUACGAUGUACUGUCGAAAUAAGUAAAUUAAUUCUCGUGUUUUCAAAUAAUAAUGGGAUGGUAUUACGUCCGUUGUACGAUACAACUAGUACAUAUCCUCGGACUUAUCGUUUGAAGGCUACUUACAUCACGAUAAUUUUUGUACGGUACUUUGGCUAACCUGUGUUGUAUUAAUUUAUUUCUUGAAAGCCAUUUUUUUCAUCAUAGUGUUUUUGUCCGGUUUUUGUCGUGUCUACAGACGUGAAAAUUUUUUUAUUUUUUUCGAUAGUGUUGUGUUCUUCAGUGCCGGUUGUAGAAAUGAAGCGUGUGACAGAAUAAUGUGCAUCUGUGGGAAAAAACACGCAAGACUUCAGAACUUUCCACUUAAAUAUUCAAAAGAAUGGCCAUGAUUGUCGUUUUCAAAUGUUUGAAACGCCACGGUUUUGUAAUGUAUGCGCGUGUGACUUUUCGAUUGCACAUGGUGAAAGGGAUGACUGUAGACGGCAUAUUGAAUCAAAGAAACAUGCAGAACAUUUUAAAGCCGUGACUAGCAAUAAAUCUAUAUCUUCGUUUUUUCGCUACAUCUGAAGAAACGAAAGUAACGAACGCAGUUACUGUUUACAAGUCCUUGUGUUUGUCUUGUUUGUUUACAUGACAUUUCUUAUCGAACCAGGAUAAAAGAAGCAAAUAAAAAGACAGUUGUUUUAAAGUUUAACUUUGAAUACAUUGAAUUGAAGAUUCAAAAUAUCCAGGAAUUUGUACCAUGGUUUUUUCAUUUGGCACAGCGACGACAACAGGUGGAUUUUCGUUGCCAGCAGCCACAACAACAGCAGCCUCGACUGGGUUCACUCUCGGAAGCGGAGAUGCGGGGAACAUCUCCUCGUCUCUGCCCCUGGCGUCCACCACCGCCAGCGUCGCCUCCUCGACAGCUCUUGCUCAGAAGACUCCGACAACAGCUGUCGGAUCCAUGCCAAGCUCGACUGGCUUCGUGAACUUCUCCCUGCCGUCUGCUUCGACGGCCGGGUCUACGGCGAGCGGCGCGACCACACAGACCUCUGCAGCCACGACCACCACAGCGGCGAGCGGUGGGGGGGCCCACACCUUCGUGCAGCUGGAGGAGAGCAUCAACAAGUGGGCCAUGGAGCUGGAGGAGCAGGAGAGAGUGUUUGUGAACCAGGCCAGCCAGGUCAAUGCCUGGGACCGCCUGCUCAUCGCCAACGGAGACAAGAUAGUGAAUCUGAACGGUGCUGUGGAGCGAGUGAAGCUGGAGCAGCAGCAGCUGGACCACGAGCUGGACUUCAUCCGGGCGCAGCAGCGGGACCUCGAGGACUGCCUCGGCCCCCUGGAGAGGCAGCUGCUGCCUGCGCCCACCUCCGCCGAUCCCGAGCGUGAGCGCACGUAUCAGCUGGCAGAGAAUGUUGACACACAGCUGAAGCAGAUGACUGAGGACUUGAAGGAAGUCAUUGAGCAUCUCAAUGAAGCAAACCGUGUCAAGGAUGCAACUGAUCCAAUGGUGCAGGUGGGGCGGAUACUCAACGCCCACAUGAACUCCCUGCAGUGGCUGGACCAGAAGACGGCCGCCAUCGCCACGCUGGUGGACGAGGUCUCCAAGCUGCACGACGCACACAAGCGAGAGAACGAGCGCUCAUUCCACCUCACGUACGACCGAUAACCGUCUACAACUUUCUUGUUUAAGACCAGUAUGUCUGUAAUCGGAAUUUUUUUUGUUUUUAAUUAAAUUCAGCAUGCGGGGCUUUUCGUGCCGUUUGCAAAAAAAAAUGAACACGGACGAUGAGUGAUAUGUACCACAUUCUCUCCAUCAGCAGUUGUAUUCUGGUAGGUGAAGGAGGGUAAACAGAUAUUUACUUUCUUUUGUUUAUUGGUGCUGAAAUAAUCAGAUGUCAACAGUAUAUUCCUUUCCUUUUUUUUAUUUGUAAGGCCUCUUUGAUGAGAUGUAAUGUGAUGGCAUAUGAAAAAAAAAAAAAAAAAACCUUCUGUACAGGAGAGAAACUGAAGAGGUGUGCAAAAUGAAAAAUUGAAGUUGGGUCGAAAUUGGAAUAAAAAAUAAAUAAUCAUCAUUUAUAAUUUAUUAACAGCUGAAUAAUAUCAAUUUUAAUUAACUUUCUUGCACUUAAAGAAUAUUUUAUCAUAUAUACCACAAUAAACUGUUUUCAUUUAAAUUCACAUACAAUUAUUUUCAUUAUUUUUCAUAAUCCACAUACAUAAAUAGUUUACCAUGAUAGUUUUGCAUAGUACAUCUUUGUCAGUUACUAUAUACUGAAUGUUACAAUAUAUUUUCUGUAAUAUGUGUAACAAUUACAACAUAUAAACUUUAA